UUGAGUCCACCUAUUUACUCCUGAUGUUUAAGUCCACACUCCACAGUGAAAAUGUUGUGAUCUCUUUCUGUUAUUUAGUUUUUGUUCUGAGAAAGAUAAAACAAUAUGAAUAAGUCACUAGCAGUCUUAAUCUUAGCUGUUCUGCUCUUUAAAGGUGUGGACAGCGUCAGCCUAAAAGAUGAAGAUUAUGAAAUGGCAGACAAACUCUUCACAUUUGGUGCUGAAGCAUUUUUGAAAUACUUGGACAAUUUAAAAGGGGCUGCAGAAGCGGUUGUGGAAAAAAAUAAGAUCACUAAAACAGGUACUGAUAUGCAAGACUUGUGGAUUUCUGUGAAAGAGAUGAUAGAGAGAAUUAGUGCUGAGCAAAGAGGUAAAGGACACGAUCAGUUCCUUGUGGCACUGUUCAUUUUUCGCAGACUGGGUAACCUUUGCGAACAAGGUCUGUUUCAACUGAUAACGACAUUCCCCUUCAACAAUAGGACUCCACGAGAAUUUUGCAUGUAUAAAGGAAUCUUCAAAAACGAGACAGUGGUGGAACUCUGGAAAUAUGUGGAGUCACGGCUCCUUAAAGGAGCUCCACCAAUCUACAGCAAUCCCUUCGGGUUCCUCGCUCACCUUCUGUCCAAAGUGGUGGCACAGCCCCAAGUGGUUGAGAUUCUAAAAGUUGCUGCGGAAGUUGGGAAGAUAGACAUCAAUCAACUGUUCGACGAAGUACAAAUGGCUGUAGAUCUGGUCAGAGAGAAGGCCAUGGAAAUUUCCACCUUAGAGAGGCAGAGUGAGAAGGAUGAGUUUCUAAUAACAUUGAGAACUGCAUCUGGAGUUCUUGCAUUUUACUGGGAUAAACUAUUGGAAUACACUGAGAGCCAGCCAUUCCAUGGCAAAUAUUUAGAUGCUGUAAGGAGAUGGAAGGAGCUGAGAGUGUUGAAAGAUGCAAAAAAAUAUCAUAUGAUUACUAGCCCAGAGACAGGACUUCAAGCCUGGAUUUGGGGAGAUGAGCGUUUUGGUGACUUUUUUGACAAUGCUGCCCUAGAAUAUGAUCGAUGGGGUAAUGGGAUUUUUGGAGAUGAGAGAUUCAAUCAAUCUAACUGGGCCAUUAUGAAGAUGGCGACAGUAUACCCUCUUCCAAUUUAUGAAAGUUUGUCUGAAAAUGGCCUUGGAAUGUCUGAAGUUAAUGAUUUUUUUAUUGACACCGAAGACACUCUCACUGAAUUAGUAGGCGAGGACAUCUUGUCCAAUUUGAAGGGUGCACUUUAUGAAAUAUGGAAUAUUAUUAGUAAUGAAAUUUUGCAUGUCUCCAUAAACAAGAAAAACCAAAUUACAUCGUAUGUGGAAUAUGAGGACCCACUGCGACAUUUACGCAAAAUUAAAGCGACAUGCUUUGAUAUCUGGGACAGAGUUCUCAUUGAGAUCAACAGAAAUAUGAAUAAUGAUGGACUCGAACAAUCAGCAAGGCACUGGGAUGAAGUGAAGAGCAUUUUCAUGAAAGAGUUAACUGACAGUGGAGAACUAACUCAAAAGAAGCUUGAUGAAGCACAAAAAACCUUUAAUAGUGUCACACAAAUGGUCUUCGACAAAUAUGUAAAAAUGAUUGAUGGUCUGGAGGAAAGGAUCAGUGCUUCCACCGAGACUCUUAGCAAAUUGAUGCUGAAGACUUUUUCUGCCACAAAUACUGUCCUGGUUAAUACUCUGGCCUUUCUGCUGUCUGAUUAAUUUUUCUCAAGGCAAGAACUAAAUUCUGUUCUAAAUUCUUUUGUCAUUCUGUAACCUAUGAAUAAUCCUUGUCCCUCUUCUCUUCCUAGUGUAUUUUUGUAGUUCUACAGGAUGUUUUGGUGCUUCCUGUCAAUUAUGCUGUAAUCAUGUCUGAUAAACUCUGAGCUGUAGGCCUCAUCAUUUCAUUGAGAGGAUGCAUCUGAUGCUGGUUCCCAAAUGUGUAAAGAUAUUUUCUGGCUUGUGUACCCAAAAAUGAAAAUUUUCUUAAAAUAUACUCACCCUCAGGCCAUCCACCAUGAAGAUGAGUUUCUUCAUCAGAAAAUAUUUGGAGAAAUUUAACAUUACAACACUUGCUCACCAAUGGAUCCUCUACAGUGAAUGGGUGCCGUCAGAAUGAGAGUCCAAACAGCUUAUAAAAACAUCACAAUAAUCUACAAGUAAUCCACACAACUCCAGUCCAUCAAUUAAUGUCUUGUGAAGUGAAAAGCUGCAGGUUUAUAAGAAAUAAAUCCAUCAUUAAGGCGUUUUAACUUUAAACUGUUGCUUCAGUCCAUAAUCUAUAUAAUAACACUUCCUCCAGUGAAAAAGUGCAUCCCCUGUAACCUCUCACAUCAAAGUCCACUGACAUAUUUUUUUUGGAACAUUUUUGUUUCAGUGUGUUGUCACUAGUAACUUGAUCUGUACAUAUUUCUCUCCUGAUUCAGGUGAGACAACCUCUUCACUGGAGAAAACAAUAACAUAGAUAGAGGAAGUUAGCAGGUCUUAAUAAUGGAUUUGUUUAAUACAAAUGCAUAGCAUUUUGCUUCACAAGAUGUUAACUGAUGGACUGGAGUCGUGUUGGUUAUAUGUGGAUUAUUGUCACGUUUUUAUCAGUUAUUGUACUGAUUCACUGCAGCACGUAAUGUAAUGCUAAAUUUCUCCAAAUCUAUUCAGACGAAGAAACAAACUCAUCUACAUCUUGGAUGGCCUGAGGGUGAGUACAUUUUCAGCAAAUUUUCAUUUUUGGGCAAAUUAUUCCUUUGAUGCUAUUAUAAACGGUUCAUAUUACUGUCUGCUAACCAGAUUAUAUAUUUAAAAAUAAUAAUAAAAAAAUAUUUUAAAAUAACACAUGAUCUGCUUCAUAUGAUUUUAUGACCUUUAUUUAUUUACUUUUUCUUUUUAAUGAAUAAUAGCUUAAUCAGAAUGAAGUUCUAGUUUACCAAAGCACCAUGCAAAGAUGGUGGCGUAAGAUGGCAGCAGUGAGUUGGAGAAAGUGUGUCUAACAUCUGUUUGUGGGUCUGCAAAGUCAGCAGAAAAGGAAAAAAGCAACAUGCAUCAAUGCUUGACUGCCCUUGUUUGUACUUUGAGUGUGCAUUUAAUCUUUUUGGUUAUACUUUGAGCAUUUCAUCAGUUAAAAGGGGCCUUAAAGGGAACAACGUUCAUAUGCAUUCAUAUACAUAUUUAUUAUUAGUAAAAGAUUUAUAAUUAUUGUUUUGGUGUAAAUUCCCUGACAUAAAUUAUACAGCUCAGCAAUCUCAAAUGUAAUUGCUAUAA